UUUUCCAUUUCUCUUCUCCUUCAAAUCAGAAAUCCUUAAACCCUAAACCAUGAAUCUCUGCAAAUCAUUCACAGAGAUUUUAUCAUCAAAAUCAACAAUAAAACGUCUAUUAAAUCCAUUACUAUCUCUCCAAUCAUCACAAUUUUCAUCAAAACCAAUCAAAACCCUAAAAGAAUCAGACAGUCUAGAGCUAUUCAGUAAUCAGGAGGAGCUUGGAUUUCCAUUCAAGACUGCAAACCCACAACAAGAAUAUGUUGUACUUGAUGUUCCGAAACCAAAGGAAAUACCUUGGCAAUCAAGUAUUGCUAAUUCUGUGAACUUGAUUGGUUCAGUAUCUAUACCUAUUCAGUUUGAAGAAUCUGAUGAUGGCAAGUUCAGAGCUGGUACUAUUCUUUCAAUGGAUAAAACCCAGGGUUCUACUCCUCUUUGGAUCCCUCUAAUCUUCGAAGGUUAUCUAGCACAUAUUGCUGCUUGCCAUUUGAAAGAAAAGGACCUUAUUCACGUAUCUGGGCACCUAACUGGAGAAUCACCAGUACUUUCUAAAGAACGCGGUCAUUCAAGUAUCCAGCUUAUGGUGCGUACCAUUAGCUUUGUCAAUGAAUCCACUCGAGGCAGGGAAAGCUGCACAAGAAGUAAGCAAGACCAACGAGCUUCCGUCCUGUCAGUUAAUACGUCAAAAGAUGCCUCUUGGAGAGACCUAAUUGACAACCCAAGUCACUGGACUGAUUACAGGAAGGAUAAGCUUGAUGGAUCGCUAAAACCGAAGUUUCCAGAUUUCAAGCACAAGGAUGGUGGCCAAGCACUAUGGAUUGACAGUGCACCAAAAUGGGCAAUUUCACAACUUCAAAUCACAUCCGGGAAAGAAGAGUUUUCUAGGAGCAAUGCUCAAACUCAGCAGGGAAGCUCCUCCCUGGGCAGUACUAAAAAGAUUUCGGAGGAGUCUUGGAAAAACUUAAUUGACGACCCAACAAACUGGUGGGAUAACAGAGCUAAGAAGCUCAAUCCGAAGGCUCCUGAUUUUAGGAACAAAGUCACACGUGAAGGUAUAUGGCUUAGCAGUGCACCAGCUUGGGUAUCGGAUAAGUUGCCUUCUCUGCAAUCGAACUAAAGAUAGGUUGAUCCUUCUGUAAAACUCAAUUUACUGUCUUAGAUUAGAGAACGCAUUUGGGGAUUUGAUGCUCAUGUAGAGUCAUUUGGAGGUAUUCUUGUUUAAGGCUGUUCUUGAAUAUUACGGGGUAGUUUUUUUUGCUGGUACGUUCAUAGUUCACUCUUUACACUGGAUGGCAAGAAACUGUAGGUGUUUUAGGUUUUGAUCAUUUGAACAUUGAGUUUGGUAUCUCUUAACUUGAAGCUCUUAUGUUUAAUGAUGUAAAGAAAUGACAAAUACUUGGCUGUUAAAUCGCUAACACUUCUCUUUGUCUGCA